AUGCAAUUUGGCGUGUCCCUUUCCGCCAUCGCCCAACAGCCGGUCGGCGCCGAUAUGCAGCAGGCGUUCGCCGACAUCUGCACCUACGUCGGUGCGGCGCGCGACUUGGGUUUUGACCUGGUCUAUCAGGGUCAGCACUACCUGACCGACCCAUACCAGCAAUUGCAGACGAUGCCGCUGCUGGCGCGCAUCUCCGCCGAGGCGCGCGGCAUGGGGCUGGUCGCGACGAUGCUCGUGCCCCUGCACCAUCCGGUGGACCUGGCCGAGCGGGUGGCUACGAUGGACGUAAUUACCGGCGGCAAGUUCACCCUGAGCGCGGCGUUGGGCUACCGGGAUGAGGAGUAUGACAAUUUCGGCGUGCCCCGACGCACCCGGGUGAGUCGCUAUCUGGAGUGUCUGGAGGCGAUGCGCUUGCUGUGGUCGGGCGAGAAGGUGAAUUACGACGGCCAGUAUUUCCAGCUGCGCGACGCCCAGCUGAUGCUGCGUCCGGUGCAGCAGCCGCAUCCACCGAUUUGGGUGGCCGCCAACAGCGAUGCGGCCAUCACCCGCGCGGCCCGGCUGGGGUACACGUGGUACGUGAACCCACACGCCAAGUACGAGACCAUCAGCCAGCAGGUGGAGAUGUACCACGAGGCUGCCGGAGCCGCUGACUCGGGCGCGCCGGAGCGGUUGCCCAUCGGCCGUGAGGUGUUCGUGGGGCGCACGCACGAAGAGGCGUUUGCCAGCGCGACGCCGUACCUGGGCGGCAAGUACGAGGCCUACGCCCAGUGGGGUCAGGACAAGGCGCUACCGGGCAACGAGAACUUCCGGGAACCGUUCGAGGAUCUGGCGCGCGACCGUUUCGUCAUUGGCAGUCCCGACGAGGUGGUGGAGGAGCUAUCCCGUUACCGGUCCUUGGGCAUGUCCCACGGCUGCUUCCGCAUGAUGUGGCCGGGGAUGCCGCUGGCAGACGGCGUAGCCAACCUGGAACUGUUCGCCGAGCGGGUGGCGCCGCAUUUGCGGGAAGACUAG